AUGGCGGGAGCAGCAGAUCUACAUUUACCUGAAGAGUGUUGGGAAUGCAUCUUGAAAUUCCUCAACGACGACGAAGACGAUAAACACAACCACUACUUCAAAUUCCCCAACAUCACACAUCUCAACCUCAACCCUAGCUUCCGUGCUGAUUGCAACGCGUUUCUCCACCAAAUCUCCCGUUUCUCAUUGAAACUAACUUCUCUCAAUCUCUCCAGCCAGGUCUUCAUUCCGGCCGAUGGAUGGCGAGCUUUCUCCCAAAAUAUUACAACUCUGACAUCUCUCAAUUGUUCCAAUAUGGAUUCUAUCAAGACCACUGACUUGUUACUAAUUGCCGAUUGCUUUCCUUUCCUCGAAGAACUUGAACUCGGCAGAAUUGAAAUGUUCUUUCAUCAGACUAGCUUCAUUGAUGCGAUAAAGACUCUCUCUUUCAAACUUUCCAAACUCCGCAAGGUUAAUCUCUCUACUCAUCCUUACAUGAACGAUCAAUUGCUUUUCCAUUUGUUCUGCAACUGUAAGUUUCUCGAAGAGGCCAUCAUAUUUGACUGUUUUAACCUAACCAUCCACGGAAUCCUAUCUGCUAUUCGGGAGAGACCGAAAUUCAGGUCUUUACACUUUACUAAUAAAACAGACAAUUGCUCAAAUUUGUUUGUACUCCUUAGAAACUAUCCUUCACUUAGCUCUAUCAGAAUGGAAUACCCUCAAUUGGAUGAUUCAUAUAUGCGGGAAGAGAGUGUGGAUAAUUCUAUUUCUUUAAUGAUCGUAAGUCCUCAAUUGAAGUCUCUAUGUUUGGCUGGCAAUGCAUGGUUAAGUGAUGAAAGCAUCGUACUCUUUGCUUCCAUUUUCCCCAGUUUACAACUACUUGAUUUAAGUCAUUGCAAUCAGAUAUCUCAAGGAAUUUGUGAAGUUUUAAGGAGAUGUGUUAAAAUUAGGCAUUUGAACCUAGCCCAUUGUUCAAAGGUGAAUCUGCUUGGAAUGAGCUUUGAGGCUCCUAAAUUGGAGGUGUUGAACUUGUCACACACAGGAGUUAAUAACGCAGAACUCCGUGUGAUCUCAAAGAGUUGUCCCGGGCUUUUGCAUAUGUUACUUACAAAUUGUAUUAAUGUCUCAAAUACGGGAGUGAGGCAUGUGGUGGAAAACUGCACACGACUAAGAGAGAUUAAUUUGAGAGAAUGCUAUAAAGUGCGUCCUAAGAUUAUUUCCUCAAUGAUAUUAUCAAGGCCAUCAUUAAGAAAAAUAGUUGUUCCACCGUGUUAUCGGUUCAACGACGGAGAGAGGGAACUCUUGACUCAUGGAUGCCUUCUUUGCUAGUAUUAUGUAACACUGCUGUUAAAGUUUGAGCUCUCGAAUGUAAGGUGUUUUUCGCUUUCAGAUUUACUUUUGUGGAAUAACUUCAAAAAAAAAUUGUGUAUAUGCUCAUCUGUUUGGUCAUGUUAAUUGUUCAAUUUAUUGUGUAAUGCAAGCAGUUGGAUGUUAUAUGCAGUUUUGAAUUGUAUAGUUUUUUAUUGCUUUGUUUUGAUUUAUAUAUUACUUGGAUAAGAUUCUUGUGUUGUACUCAAUAGGUUUUUUCUUAUUGAAGCAAAAAUUUGGAUGAUUAUUGCUUGAAUCAAAUGGGUUUGUUAGUAUGAGGUUCUAAAUCUUUUAUAAUUUCUCUUUUUCUAUCAUGUUAGGUUAGAUCCAAAUAAAGGGUGUCAUGUUGCAAAAACUCAACGUCUCUAUUUUCUAUUUGAACGUAGAGCUAAUAGUUCCAACUCAAUUAUGGUUGGUGGGUAGUCCUAACAAUAUGUUACUGUGGUGAAAUUUCAAUGUUUUUAGAACCUAUCUGUCUUAAUAUGUCAUGCUUGAUUUUUCAAAAUGCAUACAAAUAUGAAGUUUAAUUAACUUCUUUUUGCUGUGUAUGCAGUAGUCAAUGUUGAAGGGUACAUGCCUAUGGCUUUUUCAUUUCCUAUUUGAAUUGAGUCAUUACUUUAGUGUUGGUCUAGUUAAAUAUUUUGCUCAAACCUUUACGGUCAUUGCACUUAUGAUACUUCUAUAACCAAAAAAGUUGAUAUUUGUCAACACCGUUUGAAUACAUAACUAGUCAAGGUUAAUCAAUUUGUGAAUAUCUUACCACAUUCUAAAAGUUCAUGGGCAGCUCUAAAUAACUGUCUUAAGGU